AUGUUUAUGCUCUGUUACUGCAACGGGGCCCUUGCACGGGAGAGGGUUCGGGACGAGAUCGCUUACACCUCCGCCCCUUCCUCCGACCCAUGGAAAGAAUUCAACGAAAAAGCCCUGUCAACCCCACCUCUGGGCAAACGCCUGAAAAACGACGACGCAAAACUUGGAAUCUACUUCCCCAUCCCUGAAAUCGUCCCCAACGUCCACGCCGGAACCUGGCGCUACCGCAUCCCCCCAACCGGCGAUCUCAAGAAAGUCGAAAGCUUCGACCCGGGCACUGACGCUCGCGCGAUCAUAGAAAGCCAGGCGCUAUCAAUGCGUCUCCGUGCCAACCCCCUCCUGUCGACCUCGGCCCCGGCCCAGCCACGGAGGGUCUAUCUGGUCGGCGGUGCCAGCAAGAACCCUGCUAUAGCCGAGGUCCUCGGCCAGGUGCUGGGCGGCAAGGAUGGCGUAUAUAGGCUCGACCAAGGCGGGAAUGCGUGCGCUUUGGGCGCGGCGUAUUACGCAGCAUGGGCUGUUGGGGGGAGGAAAGGGGAUGGGGGAGGGGAAAGUGGAUUUGAGGACUUUUUGGCGCAGAGGUGGGAGGAAGGGGGACGGAUUGUCAAGGUUGGGAAGGGGUAUGAGGAGGGGGUUUGGGAGGAGUAUGGGGAUGUGUUGGGCGCUUUUGAGGAGAUUGGGAGGAGGAUUGGGAGGGAGGAGUAG